AUGUUGGGUUUGGAUGGAGUAGGCAAAACAGAUUUAUUUACUCGAUUAACAUGUGAUACUAAACAAUCAUCAAAACCUAAAUCUCUACCUCAGCCAACCAUUGGAUACAAUGUUGAAACAAUUACACUUCACAGUCAUCGUUUCUGUCAUCGCCGUUCUCACAAAGUUACAUUAUGGGAUUGUGGUGGUCAAUCUUCUCUCCGAUCAUUAUGGCCUUAUCAUUUUUCGAAUACGUCUCUUCUUCUUUGGUUAAUUAAUGUACAUGAUCGCUCAAGAUUAGAUACUAAUCUUCAUUUACUUUCACAAAUUCUUACAAAUCGAUUACUUUAUCGAGUUCCAGUUCUUAUUGUUGUAUAUCAAACUUCUUGUGGUUCACAAGAUGAAAAAAUAUCUGACAAUAAUGAUAAUGAAAAUUUAUUAACUAACCUAGAAGUAGCUUUUCGUUUUUUAGCUACUCUUACAACUUCACGUGCAAGUACAUUUAAAUGGCAAGUUAUUAAUGUCAAUUUGAAUGAUAAUUCUGAUAAAGAUCUUAAAAAAAUUCGACAAUCGUUUCAAGAAUUAAUGGAAUUAUAA